ACAACUUACCUCUGAUCUCGAUCGCUUCUCAUACCUAUCAUAACCAACUUUUUAUGUCUUCUCGCAUCUGGACAUCUAUUUUUUCACAAACUUAAAUUAUUUCAGCCUUUAUUUUUUAUUCUACUAAAAAAAAUCAUUAUCUCGAAUAUCUUCGUUCUUAAUUUUAUCUCUCGCAUAGAAUAUCUACUACACAUCCAUCUUCCUUUUCGACAAUUCCAUUACAAACAAUCACUUUAUAAAAUUUACCUUCAUGAAUCUAAAGUUAUACGCAUGAAAUAUAUUAAAGUUAAAAUACGAUAAAAAUGAUCGAUUUUUAUUUAUUUUUUCAUACAAAUACCCUAAAGUUCUAAGUAAUUCAAAUUUAGCAUAAAAGUUUUUUUUUUGUGAUAUCCUCUCUAUUAUUGGCCUAAAAAGUUGUUCUUCCUCAGCAAUGAGCUCUUCAUCAACCUUUUUCCUCACCAACCCCUUUUCAUCGGUUUCGGGUUCUACUCAUCUCCGCCGUUCAUUCAACAAUGUUAGGUACGGCUGCGGCGGCGGCGUUAGAAUCGCCGCUAGCCUUAAUGUGGAAGUGCAGGCACCGGAUUUGAGCAAAGAGGUGAUGGAUGAAUCUAACAAGGUUUUUGUGGGUACAUAUGCUAGGGUUCCAUUGGUUUUGUCGAGUGGCAAAGGGUGUAAACUGUAUGAUAUUGAAGGGCGAGAGUAUUUGGAUUUGACCUCUGGUAUAGCUGUGAAUGCACUUGGACAUGGUGAUUCUGAUUGGAUUAGGGCAGUUACUGAACAAGCUAAUGUCUUAACUCAUGUCAGCAAUCUUUACUAUACUCUCCCUCAGCUGGAGCUUGCAAAACGCCUUGUUGCUAAUUCUUUUGCAGACCGUGUUUUCUUGUCAAACUCUGGAACAGAAGCAAAUGAAGCUGCAAUUAAAUUUGCAAGGAAGUUUCAGAGAUUUUCUCAUCCCGAUGAGAAGCAGCCUCCUGUGGAGUUUAUUGCCUUCUCCAAUUGCUUCCAUGGAAGGACCAUGGGUGCAGUUGCUUUGACAAGCAAAGAAUAUUACAGGUCACCUUUUGAGCCUGUAAUGCCAGGAGUUACUUUCCUGGAGUAUGGUAAUGUUCAAGCAGCAAAAGAACUAAUACAGAGUGGUAAAAUAGCUGCUGUAUUUGUCGAACCAAUCCAGGGUGAAGGUGGCAUAUAUAGUGCAACACAAGAAUUUUUACAAGCACUGAGGACUGCCUGUGAUAGUGCAGGUUCUCUCCUUGUCUUUGAUGAGGUUCAAUGUGGCCUAGGAAGAACUGGUCAUCUUUGGGCGCACGAAGCUUAUGGCAUAUACCCAGAUAUAAUGACUCUUGCAAAGCCUCUUGCAGGAGGUCUACCUAUUGGGGCAGUGUUGGUAACUGAAAGAGUUGCUGGUGCCAUCAAUUAUGGGGAUCACGGUAGCACCUUUGCUGGCGGUCCCCUUGUUUGCAACGCUGCAGUUGCUGUGCUGGACAAGAUCUCCGGACCAGGUUUCCUUGCCAGUGUCGCAAAGAAAGGUCAAGAUUUCAAGGAAUUGCUUGUUAACAAAUUAGGAGGGAACUCACAUGUGAGAGACGUACGAGGUGUGGGGCUUAUUAUUGGGAUCGACCUUGAUGUACCUGCAUCUCCGCUGGUUGAAGCAUGCCAACAAUCUGGCCUUCUUGUAUUGACAGCAGGGAAAGGAAAUGUUGUGAGGCUUGUACCACCAUUGACCAUCACCGAGCAAGAAUUGGACCAUGCAGCUGAGAUCUUAUUCAAUUGUUUACCUGUACUAGAUAAGACCGCCAAUAACUAGGCUCAAGUACUCAAGAAAGGGUUUGUUGCAUGUUCACUUCUAUGGGGAGCUUCACAGGAUCAUAUGCAUUUGCUCAUGGAGAUCACUUUCAUGAGAAGUAACACAAUUUAUUUGUACGUACAAUUUAAGGUAUCGUCUUCUAUGAAGCUCUUGUCGUACCUGAUUGUGUCAUUCUGUUGGCUGAAGAUUCAUUUAGGAGCAAACUGGCUAUCAGAAAUACACAGUUGAUCUUAUUUAGAUUUUUCCUGUAGAAGUGAACAAUCAGUUUUUAAGUUUUAGAUGUAUCGUCAAUUUGCACCAGCUGAAUCGAAAUAAUGGAUGCUGUCCUCUGUAAUAACAUUAUAUCCAUCUUUCUGAAAUGUAGAACUUAUCUAUGUAAUCUUGUAUGACUCAUGAACAGAAGUCUUGUACUUCAAGUGA